UGCUCACUCGAACCAUGACAAUUGUUGAUAAUCAACUGGAGUUAUUUUUUGCUUUAGAGUAAAUAAUUUCAAGCCAGGCCCUUCCCCCCUGGGGGGCUCGCGGACCAUACCACAACGAACAUAAAAUACCGACGUGUAUGAAGGGCUAAUGGAAAACCCAAGGGAUAUGGCUGAGCACACUCCCCGCUCAGAGCGGAAGAGAAGAGAUUCGUUCGGGAUGUUUGACGGAUAUGACAGUUGCAGUGAAGACAGCAGUAGCAGCUCCAGCUCGGAGGACAGUGAGGAUGAAGUCCCCAGUAUCCCAGCCAGCCUGCCUAUCAUCAAAAACAACGGCCAGGUCUACACCUAUCCUGAUGGAAAAGCUGGAAUGGCAACCUGUGAGAUGUGUGGUAUGGUUGGUGUACGAGAUGCUUUCUACUCUAAAACAAAGAGAUUCUGCAGUGUAUCCUGCUCCAGAAGCUAUUCCUCCAAUUCUAAAAAGGCCAGUAUACUGGCAAGACUUCAGGGUAAACCACCAACAAAAAAGGCAAAAGUCUUACAGAAACAGCCAUUAAUGGCAAAGUUGGCAGCUUACGCACAGUAUCAAGCAAAUCAACAGAACCAAGCUAAAUCAAAAUCAGUGGUUCCUGUUGAAGGCUUUGACUGGGGCCGGUACAUUUGUAGCAAUAAUCUAGUUGGGGCACCAGUCAGUUGUUUCAAACACGUGCCCAUGGGCAUGUGUUGGGGUGACAUAGCUGAUGGGGUGAGGGUGGAGGUCCUCAAUUCUGACACAAACCUCUCCACAAAAGUUUACUGGGUAGCAGGGAUUGUCAAACUGGCAGGUUUUAAAGCUCUUCUGCGCUAUGAGGGUUUUGAUAAUGACUCAAGCAAAGACUUCUGGUGUAAUCUGUGUAUCCCAGAAGUCCAUCCUGUUGGAUGGUGUGCCUCUAGUGGAAAGCCACUGGUGCCUCCAAAAUCCAUCCAGCAUAAGUAUUCUAACUGGAAACCGUUUCUUGUAAAACGACUCACUGGAGCCAAAACUCUUCCGCCAGAUUUUGCCACAAAGGUUCACGAGAACAUGCAGUACCCGUUUAAGAAACUGAUGCGUGUGGAAGUUGUGGAUAAGACCCACCUGUGUCGGACUCGCGUGGCCUUGGUAGAACAGGUGAUUGGCGGGCGUCUGCGUCUGGUGUAUGAAGAGAGCCAGGACGGCACUGAUGACUUCUGGUGUCAUAUGUUCAGCCCACUCAUCCACUCCAUUGGCUGGUCACGAAGCAUUGGACAUCGUUUCAAAAGAUCUGAGGUGAUGAAGAAAAUGGAGGGUCAGGUGGAUGCACCCUCGCAGUUGUUUCUUAAGGUUAAGGAUGUGGAUCAGAGUGGGGAGUGGUUUAAAGACGGAAUGAAGUUGGAGGCAAUAGACCCUCUAAAUCUUUCUGCUAUAUGUGUUGCUACUGUAAGAAAGGUGUUGGCAGACGGGUACCUAAUGAUCGGGAUUGAUGGUUCAGAGGCUGCUGAUGGGUCAGAUUGGUUUUGCUACCACUCAACCUCUCCCUCCAUCUUCCCAGUCGGCUUCUGUGAAAUCAACAACAUUGAGCUCACACCCCCAAGAGGGUACACCAAACUCCCUUUUAAAUGGUUUGACUACCUCAGAGAAACAAUUUCAAUUGCAGCCCCUGUGAAGCUCUUUAACAAAGAUGUACCAAAUCACGGCUUCCGUUCAGGGAUGAAGCUGGAGGCAGUGGACCUGAUGGAGCCACGUCUGGUAUGCGUCGCCACAGUGACCAGGAUCGUACACAGACUCCUGCGCAUUCAUUUUGACGGCUGGGAGGACGAGUACGAUCAGUGGGUGGACUGUGAGUCUCCAGAUCUCUACCCCGUAGGCUGGUGCCAACUUACUGGCUAUCAGCUGCAGCCGCCCGCUGCACAGACCACAAGAGAAGCACCGCCAAAUGUCUCAAAACAGAAAAAAAAGACAGCACAGUAUAAAGGACAAAAGAAAAAGAGGAAGAUUCCAGUUGGGAGGAGGCCGAUCGGUUUGGGUGGGCCUCUGAGGAGGAGGAGCUUCUCGGGUGAUGAAGAGCAGACUCCGCCCCAUUACCUGUCCCACUUCUCUGGGUCCGGGCGACCUCCCACCUCAGGUGUAGAGCAUGAUCGCUCUCUCAACUCAGAGGCCUCGCUGCAGUUAAAAGAAGAGACUCCAGAGAUCGACGAGUUCACCUUCUCGCAGGGCAUCUCAGACCAGGAGAGCAACGGCUCAGGCAGUUACUACAUCAGACAGGAGCCCUGAGCAGCAUCAGCCAUCACAGAGGCUCACCUCACUGCCAAAAGCACUGGAAAAAUCCCACUCUGAGCGAUGCACAUGAGGCCUGGAAGAAGACACAGUGACUUUCCCUCACACCAGGUCUCUCUCUUUUCUUUUUCUUUUGUUCCUUUUCAGGUUUGAAAAGCUUGAAGAAAGGACUUCUCAGUCAUUGAUCUUUGAGAGAAGGUUGUGUAUAAAUGGUGACUUUUGUUUUAAAAUGGGGGGGGGGGGGGUGCUGUUGUUUGUCCUGAUGUUUUGUUUAAACAGUUUGCCCAAUGGACUUUUUCUCCUCAGUGUUCAUUGUACUUGAAGUUUUCUUCCCUCUUUUUCUGUCUUAUUCUCCCUUUUGGUGAAAAAAAAGUUUUUUUGGGAGGGUAAGAUUUCAGUACCUUGUAUGUUUCUUGCGCUGUUUCAUUUGUUUUGGGUGGGUGUGCAUUUGGUAAGAGUAGUAAAAAUCUAUAUUGAGACAGUAUAUUCAUAUAUGUAUGACAUUCAUAUUAAACACACAUAUAUAAAUAUUUAAACGUAUACAUAUAGUAGUGGAUUGAGGGAUGAUGGUAUUGAAAUCUAACCUUACUGGUAUGAAGAGUAGACUAAUGGAAAACACUCACAAUUUGCACUACAGGGAUAAAAAGAGGUGUAUUGGCCUGUAAAACGAGAGUAAAAACCUGCAGCUUUAUUGUAAUAUGUGAUUUAGCAAACUUAAUUAUAGAGGUGGGAUGUGCUCAAGUCAAAAUGAAGAUUAUGAUAUGCAAAAAAAUAUUAUUCUACAAUUGACGCCAAUGUUUAUGGUUAUGUUUUUGAUUGCGUUCUCAAGAGCCAUUUUUGUACGGGCGGUCGAAGUAUUUUGUGAGCCGUAGAAAAAAAACAUAAGCAAUCACUGCUACCUGAACACUACCUUAAUGUCAUCUUUGAUGUUGACGGCACAACAGAGGUUUCUUCUGGAAGACUUUUGCAAGUCUCUGAACAAUACAGCACCAGCUUGUUUGUUUACCAGCCUCUCUGCUCGUACAUCAGCAAGGAAGCGCUUCACAUCCCAUGCAUUUUCCUGAACUCACAGCAUUCAUUCCAGAAUAAAAACAUAUUUACUACCUCUAACAGAAAGUGUACAUUUUGAAAUACACAGAAUGAGGAUUCAAGUGGUCCUUCAGCCUCAUUAAGGUUGCUAUAGGGUAGUUUUCAUGCUCCAUUUGAAAGGGUAUAUCCAUUAUAUUUUAUGCAAGACAAAUAUCCACACUUGGACACAUGGCUUAUUUCACUUUAACAGUCUACACAUCAUUUAUAUUUGUAUCAUAGCAUGUUAUUGACAGAGUUCUUGAAACGGAAAAGAAUGUUGUGCAAUAAUGUCUGUGUUUUAUGAUGUCUUACUCUGAAAACAAAAAUUACAGCUCAUAAAUAUAUAGGCUAGAUACAUUCUAUAUAGACUUAAAACAAAAUCUUCUUACAAUAUAUUGCAAAACUGUGACAAUUUUCUAAGAGCUAGACUUGAGCUUUCCCUGCUAUAGAUCAUUCUGAGUGUAAAUAACCUUUAUAACAUCCUAUAAAAUACAUUCGCAUAGUGGUUUAUCUUAGUAUAACUGUAAGCUCUAUUCAAUACCAGUAAGGUUGUUGGUGAACUCUCAGGAAAUGUAUCUCAUUGACUUCUGCUUUAUUUGAAGGUUUGUGGCUAAACGCUUCUAAGAUCAUCCGAUUCGACUUACGAAACCGCCGUUUUUUUGUUUGUUUGUUUUUUUUCCAAUAUUUGAAGCUCCUGAAAGAAUGUGACCAUGUCAUUGUUUUUCUCUGGUUCAUCUUUGCUUGCAUUCGUCAAAUGCUGACUAAAUUUUGUCAAUGGUCACUCACAUGAUGUAGUUAGAUUCAUGUUAAAUUAUGGUUAACUGUAUAAAGAUCCAAUGAUUUUUUUUUUUUUUAACAGCUGUUGCUUUUCUCUCUUUUGUAAUUUACUUUUCUUCCUUCAUGGGUUUUAGCAGAUGUUCGUUCUGAAUCCUUAUGGAUUGGUUUAUUUCUAUUUUUUGUUAUAAUUAUUUGGGGGUUUCUUCAGUAGCUGUUUGCUGUAUGCAUGUUUAGUUUUACAAAUGUAAGGCACUGUCAGAAAUGUCAAACUGGGACUUUGGCCACAUUUUAUAUUAGCUGUAGCAAACCACAUUAAUGUUGUCAUGUUCAUUCAUAUUUCAAUGCUUAUAUUUUUUCCUCUUUUUUAUAAUGAAUGUUACAUUUAUUUCCAGUGUCAUUUAUUUCCCCUCAUAAACCCCAUACACAGCAUCAGGAUUUAGGUACACACUGGUAAUGAUCAUACAUUUCAGCUAAUUAAAUUUUCUUUUCUUUUUUUAUAAUUAUUACAAUAACACCAAAAUUUCAAUUGUUUUUGCAAUUAAAAUAUGACUGUUGAGGCAAAUUUAGCUGCUACCCUCAAAUGAAUUUAAAUCAAAACGCACAACUUCACCUUUAAGUAAACACUCUCGUCAGCAGAAUUGAUGCCUUAUCCUCUGUGUUGUGUUUUUCAACGUAUGUAAAGCUAUUGAGUCAAAAUAGAGAUGCAGAAUACAAGAUAUAAAGAAAAUGUUGUCCAGUAGAGUGAUUAUCAGUGCAUGCAGCAAUGUGAGAAUCUUAUGAGGGCCAGUGUUUUUUCUGGUCUCGAUACUAACACGGGUUUUUGUGACGUUCCCCCUGUCCUCGGUAAUCACAUCAUGGUGCUAUAUAUAUAUAUAUAUAUAUAUUUGAUAACUCAUUCAUUAGGUCUAUUAAAGGAGAAUUAAGUCUGUAAUUAUAAGUUGGAGUGCUGGCAAUUAUAACUUCAAAUCUGUAUUUUGGAUACAAGUAGCCGAAAUCCUUUGUUAUAACGAUGAAAAAAUUAAAAAAAGAACUAACGUUGACCCUCACAGUACAUAGGAGGUGAGGGUGGUGAGUUUGUAACUUUUUUUGAUUAGAGUCUGUAUUUGGUCUUUGCUUUAUUUCUAAUGAUGAUGAUGAUGAUGAUGUGUGCUGUGAUAUAGGGUUUGAUAGCUUAUGUAUAUAGUUUAACUGUGGGGGGAAAGCUUUUGUUGGUCAAAUUUUAUGUUAAUUUGUUUACAAGCAUUUCUAACUGUUUCCGCAUGGCUGUGAAAAUGUAUCUGUUGAAUUUGAAAAAAAGAAAUUUUUACACUGAAUUAAAAAGGAUACUAAACAUU